AUCGAAUUGAGAAAGUUCUCGUCUUAUGUAAUAGAUCCAAUGUGGGGACUUGUCGAGAUGUAGAAGAAAGUUGAUGACAAUGGAGAAUGAAUUUGAUUCAAAGCUUUCUCUUCAAGGGAAUGGUGAAGGCAGCAGCAUAUCAAGAAGCAAGAGCUUCGCAUUCAAGGCUCCUCAGGAGAAUUUCACCAUCCAGGAUUUCGAGCUCGACAAGAUCUAUGGCGUUGGCUCUUAUUCAAAGGUUGUUAGGGCGACGAAGAAGAAGGAUGGAGGCGUGUAUGCGUUGAAGAUCAUGGACAAAAAGUUUAUCACCAAGGAGAAUAAAACAGCUUAUGUCAAACUCGAGAGGAUUGUUCUUGAUCAGCUUGACCAUCCUGGGAUUGUCAAACUCUUCUUCACAUUUCAAGAUAACUUCUCACUAUACAUGGCGCUUGAAUCUUGCGAAGGUGGGGAGCUUUUUGACCAAAUCACCAGAAAAGGUCGUCUAUCAGAGGAUGAAGCUCGGUUCUACGGUGCAGAAGUUGUGGAUGCUCUUGAGUAUAUACAUACUAUGGGACUGAUACAUAGAGAUAUUAAGCCGGAGAAUCUGUUGCUGACUUCAGAUGGACACAUUAAGAUUGCUGAUUUUGGUAGUGUAAAGCCAAUGCAAGACAGCCAGAUCACUCUACUUCCCAAUGCAGCUUCCGAUGAUAAGGCCUGCACUUUUGUCGGUACGGCUGCAUAUGUUCCUCCUGAAGUUCUCAACUCCUCUCCAGCAACUUUCGGAAACGAUCUUUGGGCACUGGGCUGCACUCUGUACCAAAUGCUAUCAGGAACAUCUCCAUUCAAAGACGCAAGUGAAUGGCUGAUUUUCCAAAGAAUCAUUGCUAGAGACUUAAAGUUCCCAAAUCAUUUCUCAGAAGCAGCAAGAGACCUCAUCGACCGGUUGCUGGAUACAGAUCCUAGUAGAAGACCAGGAGCUGGACCAGAAGGUUAUGCUUCUCUCAAGAGACAUCCUUUCUUCAAAGGAGUUGACUGGAAAAAACCAAGAUCACAAACUCCUCCAAAACUAGCUCCAGAUCCUUCGUCUCAGUCAGCAUCUCCUGAGAGAGACGGUUCUCCAUGGAACCCAACACAUGUUGGAGAUGCCUCAGCCAUGCAGAACAAUGGUCCCUCUUCAACUUCUGAAUCCUCUGGUUCCAUAACCAGGCUUGCCUCCAUAGACUCUUUUGAUUCGAGAUGGCAACAGUUUCUUGAACCGGGAGAAUCGGUUAUAAUGCUAUCAGCAGUGAAGAAGCUACGGAAAAUCACGAGUAAGAAGGUGCAGCUGAUACUCACCAACAAACCGAGACUGAUCUACGUCGAUCCAUCAAAGCUUGUUGCCAAAGGGAAUAUCAUCUGGUCUGAUAACUCCAGUGACCUCAACGUUCAAAUCUCAAGUCCUUCCCAUUUCAAGAUUUGCACACCGAAGAAGGUUCUAUCGAUUGAAGACUCGAAACAACGAGCUUUGCAGUGGAGAAAGGCAAUUGAAACUCUUCAAAACCGUUGAGGCUCCUAGGCUGAUUGUGUCCAUUCAUUACAUCCCAAUUUGUUAUUUUUUUCCUUUUGAUUUUUGUUUCUUUCAAUAUAAUUCAAUUGAUUACUAUCACUACAUCUGGUUUGUAUGCAUAAGAGAAGAGUCUUUCCCAAUUUGUUAUUUUUUUAUUUUUGUUUCUUUCAAUAUAAUUCAAUUGAUUACUAUCACUA